CUUUUCUUUUCUUGUCGUCUCCUCCGUCCGUCUUCUUCCCUCUCUCCUUCGUUUUUUUCCCCUUCUUGCUGGUUUCGGUCGGUUUUCCUUAAUUGAUAGAAAAUUAGCAAUCCUCGUAAAAAAUUUGAAAAAUCUUUUGCCCCACUUCCUCCCUCUCGCCGUCGAACGGUUGCAGCUCGCAAGUACGCCGUUUAAUUCGUUCCGGUUCCGGCCUCAUGUCAGGACGUCGCCGUACUUUGCUCAAGGUCAUCGUCCUCGGCGACAGUGGGGUUGGCAAGACGUCGUUGAUGAAUCAGUAUCCUUUUCCUUUUUAUUUAAUUCUCCUCUUCUUUUUGCUUAUUCGGUCAAUACGUGAGAUCAGAUACGUGCACAAUAAAUUCAGCCAGCAGUAUAAAGCUACAAUCGGUGCAGAUUUCGUGACCAAAGAACUCCAAAUUGAUGAUAAGCUUGUCACGCUUCAAAUAUGGGACACAGCAGGGCAAGAGCGGUUUCAGAGUCUUGGAGUUGCAUUCUACAGAGGCGCAGAUUGCUGUGUUCUUGUUUACGAUGUUAAUGUCAUGCGUUCUUUCGAUAGUCUCGAGAAUUGGCACGAUGAGUUUCUGAAACAGGCAAAUCCGGCUGAUCCAAAGUCAUUUCCAUUUAUUUUGCUCGGAAACAAGAUUGAUGUAGAUGGUGGAAACAGCCGAGUGGUUUCUGAAAAGAAAGCAAAGGAAUGGUGUGCUGCAAAAGGAAACAUACCUUACUUUGAAACAUCAGCAAAAGAGGACUACAAUGUCGACCCAGCAUUUUUUUGCAUCGCUAAAGCUGCUUUGGCCAAUGAGCAUGAACAGGACAUAUACUUCCAGAGCAUCCCAGACGCUGUCCCUGAAAACGAGCAACGUGGUGGUUGUGCGUGUUGAUUCCGUCUCUCUCUGACCCAAGUUUCAUAUGUAGUGCUUAUACUUGUGUUUAUGCUUUGAUCGAACCAGUUUGCUGUACCCCCAAUAGCUAAAGAUAGGAAGAACAGCUAGUAAUUUUGUAGCGGCUUACUUCGUUAGAGGAAACAUCCUACGCCGAACUCUCAACAGAUGGAUUGGCAUCUGAUGGGAAGCGCUAGUCUUUUUCUUGCUCUUUCUCCUAUUCCCCCUUCGUUUUUCGGGGGUUAAGAUGAGACCGGUACUGUAAAAUUUCAACUUUGGGUAGGAUUUUGUUCCAGUGUUCCUAGGUCUCGACAUUUUGUUGGAUUUCAUGGCCCCAAGAUCUUGCCAUUGUAAGUCUUUUGUAACGUUGUGGUGUUGGCUAUUUACCACAUUUGGUUCAUGUGUUGGAGACUUGGAGUGCAUUAAUACAUACUGCAGUCUCGUUUGUCACAAA